CGCCGAAUCCAAAAUUCAAUUUCAAAAUGGAGGAGUACGACCGGGAGGCUCCGCUCUUCGACCGGCGCUUUCACGUGCUGGUGCAGUACCCGGACCGUGACGAGAAGCUGCUACCGCUCACUACCCGCCUGCUCACGGGCGUGCGCGUACGUGCCGCCUACUCUCUCUUCCACAAGUACCCGACGAAUGAUAAUUUCUCUUGAUAUAAUUCGUCUCCGCAGCAAAAUAACGCCAAAAACCAGAAGGAACGCGUGAUGCGCGUGGAAAUCACUGACGAUGACGGUGUAGAUCCGUAUUUUCUGUAUCUCUGGAGCGUUUCUGAGGAGGAAUUUCAUGAACUCAAGGCGCAACAGAGACUUUUAGUGGACUUUGCCACAUUCCCGGCCAAUCUCAUUGAGCUGCUACAGUGCUGUCUUAAAGACAGCAAGAAGAUCGCGCUAGAGGACGAAGAAAAAGAGCAAAAAGAUGGAAUUUCAGCUGAAAAAGAAGGCGAUACAGCAACUAAGAGGAGCUCUAUUGACGCUCAACACAGCAGAUCUGCUGGACCAAUACCUUUAAGCUAUUUGGCAGUGCUGAGCACUUCGGAUAGCAACGGAUUGUCGGUGUUUAGUAUAGUGGAGACGAAUCCGUUCAAGCAGUUGACGCAUCUGUCGUUAAGGUUUUCCCCUGGAGACGACGCAGCUAUUAAGGCGUAUCUUGCAGCGCGAUUAGCGCAGGUGGGAGCGAGUAGACGCUCGUUGGCGUCGUCCCUAAAGCAGACGACCCAGGAGCUGCAGGUUACGCAGAACAACGAGGCCAAGCUGCAGCAACAAUUGUCAGCUCUGGGUUACGAAGCAGAGUCGACGCUUUCCCAAGAGAAAAUGAAGUUUGCGGACGAAUUGGAAGCGCAACGCAGAGCUGCGGCGUCUGCGUUAAAAGAGCGUGAAGAAGAACUGAACGCUAAAAUUGACGCGUUGGUGGAGAGAUACGAGAAGGAGCUUCAAGCACUGAAGGCGGCAGCGGAAGCUAGUGAGGCCCAGGUGCAGGAUUUGAGCAAGCUUAAGUACCAGCAUGAGAUGCAGAUUGAGCACUUGCGAACGCAGUCCGAGGACCUCAGCCAGGGCAGAAGUGCGCUCUCAGGAGAAGUGGGGGAGCUUCGAACGCAGAAUAAAGAGCUGGACCAAAAAGUUUUUCUUCAGGAGAAGCAGAUCAACGCGUUGCAGGUCCGUGUGGACGCACUGCAGCAGCAGCUGGCGGAUAAGGAGGAAGUGAUCAAGAAGACGACAGAUCUGUUGCAGUCGGCUAAAACGCACAACGAAGAAGUUGAUGAGUCAUUGAAAAUGUACCGGGACAACCAUGCUAAGCUGCAACAGAAGCUCGAGUUAAGUAUCUCGGAGAUCAACAAGGGAAACGAGAUCAUUGAGCGUAUACAGAACGAAAACCGUUCGUUGAAGUCCAAGAUGCGGAUGAAAGCCAAGAUUAUCAAGCAACAAGAGCAGUUUGUUGAGGAGAAGCAGCUUCAGCGCGAGGAAGCGUUGUUAGAGUUGAAAUCGACCAAGGAAGAUAUUCGAAAGCGAGACGAGCAUAUCCUACAGCUGAAGGAUACAAUAAAGGAAUUGAGUCAGAAACUGGAGGACAGCAACAAACUAUUGGCAUCCAACCAGCAAGUGAUCACCUGGCUAAACAAGGAGAUCAACGAAGCACAGCUUGGCCAUCAGCGGAGGUCGGCUGCACACCCAUCUGUACUCGCAUUUCGUCCAUCCGACAAGGUAAAUAACCAGCGAUGAGGGCCACUAGAACAUCACAAAUUCUUGUUUAACCCUGCAUGAUGUAGAAGACUGCUACAGAGUCCAGACCACCUACACAUUUCGCGUCCAGUCUGCGAUAAUUACUAAUUACGGAUGCCUCAUCACUCGCCAGGAACGCCACAAGAUGCGCAACUUCGUCAGCCUUGCCGAAUCGAGCCAAUGGGAUGUUCCCAAGGACGCGCUCUCGUGCAGCGUCCACCAUCGUAUCCGUCAUGUCCGUGGAGAUAAAGCCAGGUUCCACCAGAUUGACGCGGAUGUUACGGUUACCGAACUCCUUGGCCAGUGACUUAGUGACACCCGCUAACCCCGACUUGGACGCACUGUAAGCCACCUGUCCGACAUUCCCCGCUGCGCCCACGACGCUACCGAUAUUGAUAAUACUGCCCUGACGCCGCUGCAUCAUUCCUUUAGCCACCGCCUUGCACAUGUGCACCGGCCCCACCAGAUUCGUAAGCAGCAGCUCGUCCAGCUCUGCAUCUUUGAGUCGUAGUAGUAAACUGUCCUUGGAGAUCCCCGCAGCGUUCACAAGAGCUGACGGACCAGUGCCCAGUUCCUUGGACACUUGCGCCACCAACUGAGUCGCUUCAACACUAGCAUCUCCUUCGCCACGACGCGGACAGCUGUACGCCAAAGGCAGCACGUCCGGAGAGAUCUUCUGCGCCGCUUUUUGAGCUCGCUCUAAGUCACGAGAGGUGAUUGCUACCUGCCAGCCACGUCGAUGGAGCUGCUGAGCCACGGCGAAGCCGAUGCCGCGACUGCCGCCGGUCACCAGCGCCACACCUGGCAUCGAUCUGUAAUUUUAAAGAUGUUUUCGAUUAAGUACGUGAAAUAGAGAAUCCAUUAACGAU